CUUUCCAAAUGUUCAUGCUUUGGCAGAGAGACAUUAAUCCAAAUGCUAAGAAAUGGUAGGUGGGGGAAAGCAACCUGGGCACCAGACAUGGCCUCCUUUUACAUUCUCUAGGAUGGCACAGAAUGGAUCGUAGCUAGGAGGGAACUUGUUUUUGGGUCUGUGAGGCAUUUGAAUUCCUUGCUGUGGAUUACUAUGCAGCUCCACAUAUCGCCGAGCAUGAGGCAGGUGACGGUGUUGCCGGGGAAGGGGGUGAGGGAGUUCAUCAAAGUGAAGGUUGCGUCCAGGAGGCUUUCUUACAAGAUGGUCAUCUAUUCCCUGCUCUUCAUGACCUUCAUGUUCAGGUUCAUUUUUGUUUUGACUGCAAUGGACUCCAUCGAAGGAGACACCCAGUGUUCUUCUUUAGGAUGCAUAGGCAAGAGGUUGGCUCCAAGAAUGUGGAGGUUAGACUCGGCGAGAGUUCCAGAGGAGAUGUACGAAGUGUUCGAAGAAACAGAGAUCGAGCAACCAAAGCCUGGCUCGGAUGUCCCUCAGACUUUGGACGAUUUCGUCGCAGAGAUGAAGAGCGAGCGAUCAGAUGCGAAAGCAUUCGCCUUGAGACUCAAAGAGAUGGUGUUAGUAAUGGAGCAGAGGACCCGGGUGGCCAAGAUACAGGAGUACCUGUACCGCCACGUGGCGUCCAGCAGCAUCCCUAAGCCGCUCUACUGCUUCGCCCUGCGCCUGGCCCAGGAGCAUUCCACCAACGCCGCUGCCCGCCUGCAGCUUCCGGCGCCAGAGCUGGUGCCUGCCCUGGUGGAUCCAUCGCUCUACCACUUCGUCCUCGCCUCCGACAACGUCCUCGCCGCCGCAGUGGUGUCCGCCUCCCUGGUGGCCAACGCCCUCCACCCGGCCUCCGUGGUGCUCCACGUCAUCACCGACCGCAAGACGUACGCGCCGAUGCAGGCGUGGUUCGCGCUCCACCCGCUGGCGCCCGCCGUGGUGGAAGUGAAAGCGCUGCACCAUUUCCACUGGUUCGCUCGGGGACGGGUGCCGGUGAUGGAGGCCAUGGAGAAGGACCGGGCCGCCAGGUCGCAGUUCCGUGGAGGCUCCUCGGCCAUCGUCGCCAACGUCAGCGAGAAGCCCGUGGUUGUGGCAGCCAAGCUGCAGGCCUUGAGCCCCAAAUACCACUCUGUCAUGAACCAUAUCAGGAUCCACUUACCUGAGCUGUUUCCGAGCCUCAACAAGGUAGUCUUUCUAGACGAUGACGUUGUUGUCCAAGCUGAUCUUUCACCCUUAUGGGACAUUGAUCUUCAAGGCAAGGUAAAUGGAGCAGUGGAGACGUGCAGAGGCGCGGAUAAAUUCGUCAUGUCAAAGAGAUUGAAGAACUACUUGAAUUUCUCUCACCCCCUGAUAUCUGCGAACUUCGAACCCUACGAGUGUGCUUGGGCUUAUGGCAUGAAUAUUUUUGAUCUGGACGCGUGGAGGAAGACAAACAUUAGUCUUACUUAUUACCAUUGGCUGCAAAAGAAUCUGGAAUCAGAUUUGAGUCUGUGGCAAUUAGGGACUCUGCCUCCAGGUUUAAUAGCGUUCCAUGGUCAUGUUCAUGGCAUUGAUCCCUAUUGGCACAUGUUGGGUCUGGGCUACCAAGAAAACACCACCGUAGCAGAAGCAGAGAAAGUGGCUGUGAUCCAUUUCAAUGGCAGAGCCAAGCCGUGGCUGGACAUUGCAUUUCCAGAGAUCAGGCCACUGUGGACCAAGUACCUUGACUUCUCAGACAAAUUUAUCAGAGGUUGUAACAUAAGAGAAUAAUAAAGGGCAAACGAGACAAACAAUGGAAGCAAAAGGCUAACCAUGAUUAAUCCCAUAUCUGGUAGAACACACUAUCAGCCGUUUUCAUGGUUUGGAUGAUGCAAGGAACAAGGAAACAAAAAAAACUAUAUUUUUCUUGUAUCAUUUUAUGUUUAGGAAAGAUUUUGUUGAUUUGUUGCUGGGAAUAUGGAUACCGUACGUGUGAAAAGAAAAGUUAGUUCGAUAUGGGAGAAUAAGAAGAAAAGUUACGAA